UAACAUUUCAUCACCUAACUCGAAGGAAGCCGGAGCAAAGCGGCAAUUCGAAAUAAUCGAAUUAUUUAUUUAAAUUUUAAAAUUAAAAAUAAAACUUAUGCGGCGUUCACAAGCGCCAUCUAUACGCAGAGCAGCCAAAAGGGGUGCCUCUGCUACUGAACUGGAACCUGCCAAAAACGUUGCUUCUCUGGAAAUGCAAUGGGGCACGUCUGGUGGUUACAAGGGAUUUAGGCCACAAAAGUACAAUGAUGGAGAGAACCCUCUGAAAAAUAAGAGGAUUUUCCUGGUGCUAUGGCGAAAACAGUCAAAUAAAAAACAUAAAACAUGGACAGGCAAUGGAACUCUCGAAGUGACUGCCACCAAGGCUACUCUAAAGGAUGAAACAGGAAAGUUGAUGGACGUUUUGACGUGUUUUAAGCAGGAUACUAUUCAAGAAGAUGCCCUGCUAGAAAUCGGCAUGAGGGAUGUUGAGAUACAAGUGGAGCUCAGGACGGCCGAUGAAUGUAUAUCGCAACGGAGCGAAGAAAUUGAAAACUGGUAUCGCCAGCAAGAGGACUCGACCGGCAUGGUGUCCGUUCUUAAUGAAACCGUCCGCAAACUCCCGAGACCGAUGAAUAUUCUGAAAAAGCCAAAACGAUCAUCGGAAUUCAAAUGCGAUGUCGUCGUUGCAGCUGCUCCUCCCAUCAAACUAAACGAAUAUAUUUGCAUGUUGGCACCAGCGGAACUUCAAUGCCAGUCAAUGCAGUUGCUUGCCGAUUAUUGUCAAGAUUUGGAAAUGCAACAAUUUUGUGGGACAGAAGACGUUUUUGAAAUAGCUCAACAGAUUUGCGAUCAUCCCGUGCUUCUAAGGCACAUAGAACAUCAACAUGUUGUGUCGGAGGCAUUGCUGCCCCACAUGCCGCCCUGGCAGGAGAUGGGUCUUUAUGACUCCGCCAAAUUCGAGUUUGUGCAUUUAAUGUUGGACAAUUUGGUUAUAGCGCAAGACGAGAGAUGUGCCAUUGUGGCAAACAGUCAGAGCUGCUUGGACAUCAUAAUCGGUUACUGCCAAAGCUGGGAUAUAUCAUACGUCCAAAUCGAAGACUCCUUUCAAGCAGACAGCUUCAAUAGGGCCUGUUCGAACGGCGCCAAAGAGCCAAAGGUGGCUCUUUUAUUGGCUAGCUAUCUGUCACAAAUGCACCUGGCUAGCUGCAAAUACGUAAUGCUCUACAAUUUUAGUGCUCGAUCGCAAAUUAGGCAUUUGUUGGCAGCGGACGCUCGAAUUUACACGCUAAUCACAGCUGGAUGCUUUGAGGAGUGGCAGUUCCAACAGCAUUUGGGACUUUUCAAUGGCAGCGAAUCAUUAAUGGAUGCGCUUAAGCUGCGUGAGAAUGUCACACAUCAGUCGCAGAUAUUAGUGGAUUGGGACCGAUGGCAACCUCCAUUUAGCGAAGAAUUCUUACAGGAAGUAUUUCUACUCAUUGACUUACCAAGCUUAAAAUACGUCUACAGCAAACAGCAUGAAGGACGUUUGGCUAAUCUCUUAGAUUAAAUCAAUUUUUAAGUU